UCUUUGCGCGCGUGUUUUAUGAGUGGUGUGAAAUGUGUUGCUAUCAAUAAGAGCUUUUGCCGCGGUUGUCCACCUGCGAAAUGUGUAAAUAAUGGUUUAAAAUGACGGACAAUAAUUGUUGCUCGUUUCAGACGGAUCCGCCAGAGACGCAGGACUCGCAAAGUCGGUUAGAUGAGUGUGAAACUGCUGCUUGUGUUGUGCUCAGUCAGAAACAACGACGAGCUAUUCUUAAACGAGAGAGAAGGAAAAGGAAACGUCAAGCUAUCGCUAAAUUAAGAGAAGGAGCUCAAGAUCAUUUACAAAAUGAGCAGCACCAAACUGAAGAUGAGGAAGAACAGACGGCUGAUGAGCAGAGUGAGCAACUACACCAGGAAUGGCUGGAGAGAGAAAAGAUUGCGCAGGAAGAAUUCAGGCUGAAGAGGGAAAGAGAAGAGGCAGCGCAAAAGAGAAAGGAGGAAGAAGAGAGGAGGAUCAGAGAGGAAUGGGAGGAGCAGCAAAGGAAAGAAAAAGAAGAGCGAGAGCAGAAGGAACAGCAGAAGAGAGAGAGAGAGGAAGCUGUACAGAAGAUGCUGGAUCAAGCAGAGAGUCAGCUGGAAAACGGUGGUCCUUGGAAAAACCCUGAUGCCCCAAAGGAUUACGGAACUGAAAAGGACAGGGCAAACUGCCCAUUCUUCCUUAAAACGGGUGCUUGUCGGUUUGGAGACCGGUGCUCCCGAAAGCAUGACCACCCAACUUCCAGCAGCACUCUGAUGGUGAGGGGGAUGUUUGUGACGUUCGGGAUGGAGCAGAGCAGACGUGAUGACUACGACACUGAUGCCAGUCUUGAGUACAGCGAGGAGGAAAUGCACCAGCAGUUCCUGGAUUUCUAUGAAGACGCCCUGCCAGAGUUUAAGAACGCAGGAAGGGUGGUGCAGUUCAAGGUGAGCUGCAACCACGAACCCCACUUGAGAGGAAACGUUUACGUUCAGUAUGACACAGAGGGGCAAUGUCGAGAAGCUUUCAUGAUGUUUAAUGGCCGCUGGUAUGCUGGAAGACAACUGCAGUGUGAAUUCUCCCCAGUAACUAGAUGGAAAACAGCCAUAUGUGGUCUUUUCGACAGGCAGAAAUGUCCAAAAGGGAAACACUGCAACUUCCUCCAUGUGUUCAGAAACCCAGACAAUGAAUUCUGGGAGGCGGACCGAGAUCUUCAUAUGUCCCCUGAUCGAAGUGGAGGCUUUUCUAGUCGCCAUUUGAGCAGCAGAGACGGAGUGCGCUCCCAGCGUGGAAAUAGUCCUGAGCGCAUAUCCCAGCGCAGGAGAACAGAUCGAAGGAGCCACAGCCGUGAGCGGUACAGUUACAGGGGAAGGCGGAGUCGCAGCCGAGAGAGGCGGAGUUGUAGCCAAGAGAGGCGGAGUCGCAGUAGAGAGAGGUGGAGUCGUAGCCGAGAGAGGCGGAGCCGCAGCAGAGGCAAACACAAUCGAAACAGGGAAAAGAGGAGUCGUAGCAGAAGCAGAGAGAGAAGGAAGUCAGAGCAAUCAUUGACAAGGAGAUCAACGUCUCAGAGAGAGCAAUCCAGAAGGAGCAGGAGCCGAUCCCACAGCAGAGACAGGUUAAAGCAGGGCGAAUCAGACUCGAAAAGACAGAUGUCAAAAUCAAACAGCCCAGAACAUGUAUCUAAAAACGGCUCUGUGAAACGGAGAAAAAGCCAAAGCCCUGAAAACUGUGACCGAAUGGAUCACAAGCACUCUAAAAAGAGCAAGAAGAAGAAAAAGAGCAAAAAGAAACACAAAAGAAAGAAGAAUAAAACACGCAGCUCGAGUUCGGAGUCUGACGAAGACUCCCAGAAUGAAGAGCAUGAUGAGACGCAGACUAAAUCAGAAACUCCUGCUGAUGAAUGUACAGCUGUGGCGUCCAGCGCAGUUUCGCCAGUAGAUAAUUUAAAGACCACAAAUUUGGAGGUUUGUCAUCCGGAAGAGGACAUCCAUUGUGCGCUUACAGAUGCUACCAAAUCCGAUAACACACAGUCUGGAUAAAUUAUAUAAAAAUACAUAAACUGUGUUUCUGUUGUCUUAAAACAGCUGUUAUUUUAGUUUGCAUAACAAAAUGCCUAGUUUUUCUGAUUUUGCUGAUGAAUACAUUUCCUGUACGUUUGUAAUUAAAUGUAUUGUUUUCUAAAACCUUGUGAAACCUUGGUGACUGAACAAAGUGUAAUUUUUUUCUCAUUGAGGUGCUUAAAGACAUCACAUGCCCACACUCGCACUCACAUUGUUCCAAAUCUGAAUUUAUUUUAGGACUGUUGCUAAUGGUUAUUUUGGUAAUCCAGUAAUCCGUCGAUUCUUCUGACGAGUAUUCGAUAAUUAUAAUAAAUUUCUUUUGUAGUAAUAAAAAUAAACCUAAGUCAACAAUAGCCUUAAAAAUUACUUAAAAUACAUAGCUAAUAACAAUGAGACAAUAAUAAUUAGUUCAAAUAAAGUAUCAAAAGCAAAUAAUCGUAUGGUUUUAAUGAUCAAAACUGCAGUGGAGGAUUUACUAAAAUCGAAUACUCGAAUAGAAUCGAGGAAUUGUUUCAGCUCUAGUUUAUUUCUUCUGUUGAACACACAUUUUUCAAAAAUGGAAAAAAUACUAUGCAAGUCAAUGGGGACCAGGAACUGUUUGGUUACCAACAUUCGUCAAAAUAUCUUCUUUUGUGUUCAACAAAAGAAAGAAACGCAUUGACAUUUGGAAGAAACAGAACUUAAAUUCUCUUUAAGAUGCAUUUAGAGUUAAUUGCCAUUUCAGUUCAUUAGUAAACGAUCAUCAAAAAUUUGACCAACAUGCUGCAAUAUCUGACUUUUAUUCUUUUCUUUAGAUGAAAAGCUAUUUUCAAGAGGAAGUCCAAAAAUCAAACUCCAAUACGACAGCAUACAAAGAUGAUUUUAAGGAAAAAAGGCAUGAGGAUGGUGGAGACAAUUCUUUGGCAUUGGAAACAAAACGGUUAGCUGUUGAAUGGCAAAUGCCUGAUAUGCCUGAAACCAAUUAAGUGUUUACAGUGUUUCUGGUCAGGAAUUUACUAAUACUGAUGUUUACUUGUGCCUUAAUACAAUCUAUGAUUUUAUGCCAAAAAAUAUUGACUAUUGAAUUCACAUUAUAUAUUUCCCCCCCUUUGGAGCUUAAUAAUAACGUUUGGUCCGUAGCACUUCAGCACGUCUUGGUCUUGAACAGUGACAGCCCAUUGACUCGGAUCUGCUGAAAGUUGCAUAAGAUACUGGCGAACAGCGUGAGCUGGAAAUGAGCGUUUAAGGCAGCUGAAGGUGAGAGGUAAUGCUUAAAAUCUACAGAGAAGACGUCACUGGAAAUAUGUAGGGAUGUUGACACCUAAACUUUGCUACACAUGUACUGAUCCAAACCUGAAUCUAAACAGCCUGAACACUAUGGGAAA